CUCAUCAUUCAGGGCAUGAAACUUCAAAUAGUUUAUUUAUUCUAUUGUCUUCUUUCAGAAUUGUUUGCAGUUUGUCGAUAUAAAGUCAAAUCUGGUCUGAAGAAGAAGUUCCAGUGUGUAACUGAGGGAAUCACUAAAGCAGGAAACCCAACCCUUCUGAAUGAGAUCUACACAGAGCUCUACAUCACAGAGGGAGGAACUGGAGAGCUGAAUGAAGAACAUGAGGUCAGACAGAUUGAAGCAGCAUCCAGGAAAGCAGACAGAGCAGAAACCAGCAUCAGACAAGAAGAGCUCUUUCAACUCCCAGCUGGAAGACAAGAACCAAUCAGAACCGUGAUGACAAAGGGAGUGGCUGGCAUCGGGAAAACAGUCUUAACACAGAAGUUCGCUCUGGACUGGGCUGAAGGCAAAGCCAACCAGAACAUCCACUUCAUAUUUCCAUUCACUUUCAGAGAGCUGAAUCUCCUGAAAGAGGAGAAGUUCAGCUUGGUGAAACUUGUUCAUCACUCUUUCCCUGAAACCAAAGAAGCAGGAAUCUGCAGCUUUGAAGACUUCCAGAUCAUCUUCAUCUUUGAUGGUCUGGAUGAGUGUCGACUUCCUCUGAACUUCCACAAGACUCAGAUCCUAACUGACCCUAGAAAGUCCACCUCAGUGGGUGAUCUGCUGACAAACCUCAUCAGGGGGAACCUGCUUCCCUCUGCUCGCCUCUGGAUAACCACACGACCUGCAGCAGCCAAUCAGAUCCCUGCUGAGUGUGUUGACAUGGUGACAGAGGUCAGAGGGUUCAAUGAGCCACAGAAGGAGGAGUACUUCAGGAAGAGAUUCAGAGAUGAAGAUCAGGCCAGAAGGAUCAUCUCCCAUAUCAAGAGAUCCCGAAGCCUCCACAUCAUGUGCCGUAUCCCAGUCUUCUGCUGGAUCACUGGUGCAGUUCUGGAGGAUCUGCUGAAGAGCAGAGAGGGAGGAGAGCUGCCCAAGAGCCUGACUGAGAUGUACAUCCACUUCCUGGUGGUUCAGGCCAAAGUCAAGAAGAUCAAGUAUGAUGGAGGAGCUGAGACGGAUCCUCACUGGAGUCCAGAGAGCAGGAAGAUGAUGGAGUCUCUGGGAAAACUGGCUUUUGAGCAGCUGGAGAAAGGAAACCUGAUCUUCUAUGAAUCCGACCUGACAGAGUGUGGCAUUAAUAUCAGAGCAGCCUCAGUGGACUCAGGAGUGUUCACACAGAUCUUUAGAGAGGAGAGAGGUCUGUACCAGGACAAGGUGUUCUGCUUCAUCCAUCUGAGUGUUCAGGAGUUUCUGGCUGCUCUUCAUGUCCACCUGACCUUCAUCACCUCUGGAGUCAACCUUAUUGAGAAAGAGCAGAAAAAGUCUUAUUUUUUUACUUUUUUUCAGAACAGCUCGGUCCAGUUCUACCAGACUGCUGUGAACAAGGCCCUACAGAGUCCAAAUGGACACCUGGACUUGUUCCUCCGCUUCCUCCUGGGUCUUUCACUCCAGACCAAUCAGAGUCUCCUUCAAGGUCUGCUGAUACAGACAGGAAGUAGCUCACAGACCAAUCAGGAAACAGUCCAGUACAUCAAGGAGAAGAUCAGUGAGAAUCUGUCUGCAGAGAAAAGCAUCAACCUGUUCCACUGUCUGAAUGAACUGAAUGAUGGUUCUCUAGUGGAGGAGAUCCAACAGUUCCUUAGGUCAGGACGUCUCUCCACAGAUGAACUGUCUCCUGCUCAGUGGUCAGCUCUGGUCUUCAUCUUACUGUCAUCAGGAGAAGAUCUGAAAGUGUUUGACCUGAAGAAAUACUCUGCUUCAGAGGAGGCUCUUCUGAGGCUGCUGCCAGUGAUCAAAGUCUCCAACAAAGCUCUACUGGGGUACUGUAAUCUGUCAGAGAGAAGCUGUGCAGCUCUGUCUUCAGUUCUCAGCUCUCAAUCCUCAAGUCUCAGAGUUCUAGACUUGAGUAACAACCACCUCCAGAACUCAGGAGUGAAGCUUCUGUCUGCUGGACUGGAGAGUCCACACUGUGAACUUGAGAUUCUCAGCCUGUCAGGUUGUCUGAUCACAGAAGAUGGUUGUGCUUCUCUGGCUUCAGCUGUGAAGUCCAACCCUUCCCAUCUGAGGGUGCUGGACCUGAGCUACAAUGAUCCAGGAGAGGCUGGAAUGAAGCUACUGUUGGUACAGCAAGAGGAUCCAGACUGGAGACUAGAAACUAUCCGGGCGGAGCCUGUUGGAGACCAGUGGUUGACUCCAGGUCUGAAGAAGUAUUCCUGUCGCCUCACAAUCGACACAAACACAGUGAACAGAAACCUCAAACUGUCUGACAACAACAGGAAGGUGACCUUUGAGAAGGAGCUUCAGUCAUAUCCUGAUCAUCCAGACAGAUUUGAUCAGUGGUAUCAGCUGCUGUGUAGAGAUGGUCUGGCUGGUCGCUGUUACUGGGAGGUUGAAUGGAAAGAUUUAGUUUAUAUAUCAGUGAGUUACAGAGUAAUCUGUAGAAAAGGAAACAGUAAUGACUGUUUGUUUGGAUGGAACAAUCAGUCCUGGAGUCUGUGCUGUUCUCGUGAUCGUGGUUACACUGUCUGCCACAAUAACAGAGAAACAUACAUCUCUUCUUCCUCCUCCUCUUCCUCUUACAGAGUAGCAGUGUAUGUAGACUGUCCUGCUGGAACUCUGUCUUUCUUCAAAGUGUGCUCUGAUUCACUGAUCCACCUUCACACCUUCAACACUACAUUCACUGAACCUCUUUACCCUGGAUUUGGGUUUAGAGCCUGGCCUGCAUCCUCUGCAGUUCUGUGUGAUCAGAGUUAAAGUUGUGGUUCUGUCUAAGAACCUUUCUCUAUUUACAUUUUAACUUUUUCACAUUUCUACUUCUCUAAUUCUGUGAUUAAUACAGGAUUUUUUUUAAUCUAAUCAAAGGGACUUUUUCUGCUGUAUUCAUAACAAUGUUCAAGUUUACAAUUAGAUGAAUAUGAUGUCAAAGAAAAAGUACGUGCUGAAAAAAAGGACACAGGGGGAAGGAAGGGACUUUCAUUGGACCUUUUCUCAUUAAGGUUCCUCAAACUGCUAUCCCAGUUCAGCUUCCAUAAUUGUAAUGAUUGCAUUGAUGUGGUUUUGAAUCAUUGACUAUAUAUUCUCUGGACAUCUAUAUCCCUCCUAUCUUGUUCCAAUUAGGAAGUAUUUGCUGGUUUAAAGGCCAAAAUCCCAUAGACUUCCAUUGAGAAACAGUUAUUUCACAGUCAUUUUAUUUGCCAGAAUAAUCAUUCUUGCUCGAAUGCUUCCUUCUUAGCACAAUCUUUCUAAUCCAUUUUUCUAAAUGUAGUUUUUCCCUACCACAAGUUAUAAACUGACCAAUCAAAUGCCUCAGUCAAAGCUUUUCAAACCAACCCUACCAUCUUCUUCCUCACAAACCCCUAGAUUAAUCGCAAACCACAUGGAUGAAUUGAGACCACAAAGUAUAACAAAGAACUGUGUCAAGAAAAUAAUCAUUUAUCAUAAUCACUUUUAUCUCCUUAAAAAUUGCUGAACAGUGCUUACUGCAUUUUCAAAUACAGGUGAGGCAGCACCAAGCUUUGCCUCAUGACAAAUUGCACAAUCUGAUCCAAAGUGGUUUGGUUUUACUCAGUGUAAGAUAAUAAUGUUCUGCUUUGUAAUUUUUUUUCUAUACAUUGUAGACAUGAUUAUUAUGUCCUUACUAUCCAUUUAAUUUGUAACUCAUUUUGCAUUUGUCGUUUCUUUAAUAUUUGGAUCUUAAAAAAAAGUUGCAGGUACACGACAGAAGGUGAGGCAGGUAGUAACUCUGUCUCAACAAAGAGGGCGCUCAUAAAA